AUGCCUGACAUCCGAGCCCAACUGACGUUCCUCUCAAACUCGCCUCGCUAUGAAAUCGAGAAACCAUAUUCGAUCCUCCUGCCAGAACAAGAACAGAAGACCAUACGACACGACUUCCCCCGCUGUAGCAACUUAGAGUGGUCUCAUCACUGGGUCGAUAUCCGUGAAGCAAGAUGCCGCCCUGGUUUGACGUUGGACGCUUGCGGAUUUCAACUGCUUCGUCAUACUAGUCCAAGUAUUCCCAUACAAGAACCACGAGACGUGACAAGCUAUCGGUUGGAGACGGAAGAGCUUCUUCGAAAAACAUUCGCGGCAGAGCGGGCCAUCUGCUACGAUGUCGUGGUGCGUUAG